AUUCUCUUCAACAAACCAUGCUGUGACUGCUUUGAUCCGCAACAAGAAGCCAAAGGAUAGAAUUGCUGUCCUCCUUCCUAUCUAACUCAGAUCGAUACCCUCCUGCCCAAUCAGCCAUUGACCACUGACCAUUGACCAUUGACCAUGACUUCAAGCUUUCCCACGCCCAAGCUUAUCAAAGGCGGGUGCCUCUGUGGCGCGCUUCGAUACCGGGUUGACUUUCCCGCCGACCAUGACUUCAAGGCGUCGUCCAGCACCUGCCAGUGCACGCAAUGCCGCAAGCAGACGGCGGGCCUAUAUCUCGUCUCGCACAAGGUGCCCCUAACAGCGUUCAAGCUGAUGACGGGCGACGACGACGGCGCGUCGACGCUGAAAGACUUCCGAGCCAGCCCCACGGCCGAGCGCGGAUUCUGCACCGCCUGCGGCUCGCUGCUCUACUGGCGCCCGACUGGCGGCUCUUACACGUGCUUCACGAUCGGCACGGUCGACCCACUCUACCUCACUGGCCAAGGUGAAGGCGGAGGAUCCGAGACGGGCGGCGAGCCGGUCCCCGAGGGCGGCUACGGCCUUGCCCUUGCCAGCGGCGAGGGCUACCAUUACUGGUGCUCCAACGAAAUUCCCGGCGUCACUGACGGCGGCGUCCCCCUCCUCGGCCCCGGAAAGGGGCACAGGGUUCCGAAAGACUGAAUUGUGGUUAAAUUUGCGGAUACGAGUACAUUCAAUGCAUACAUGACGCAUGUUGUAUAUUCGGGAAUAGCUAUUCUCAUUUCCAAAUGGACAGCAGGGACACUUCUCAAUGCCAGCGGAAUCCUAAACCGUGUCUCUUUGCAGCCGCGCCCUUUCACAAUUGUGAUUAUUAUCCAACAAGACGGAACCCAAAUUGGCAAUCCCCAAACCCCGCUUGUUGCUUUAUUAGGUAGGCGGUUAAUUAUAAUUUCGUUCUUCCCCGUACGACAAUCUCGGGUACACAUCCAAAAACCUGCCGCGUUUUCUCCGUUUUACGACGUCGAUGGGCCAGCGUCUCUCGACGAGCUCGGGCUCGGGCUCGGGCUCGGCGACCUCCUGGGGGUGAUGUCGGGGCUCUCGG